CGCCCUCGGGGCACUUUUCAACCGUUCUGAGUGCUAGCAACCGGAGUUUUGGCGCCAACAGACAUUCCCAGAGAAAAAUACCAUUAUAUCGUUGAAAAUCGAGGAACAAAAUGCCGCCAAAGAAGGGUCUCAAACGGACUGCCUCAUCAGCAUCGAGUGAUGGAAGACCCUCGAAGGCCCCCAAGAAGAAGGAAGAGCUAAUUGUGAAACCAGACUUGCGACAUGUGUCCACUGCUGGAGUCAUCCUGGCUGUUGGUCAGAACGAUGUGGGACAGCUGGGGCUGGGGGAUGAUAUUCCAGAGAAGACACGUCCAGCAGUCGUUCCAGAUUGCAACGAAAUCGUGGCUAUCGCUGCUGGGGGCAUGCACAAUGUUUGUUUGACGAAGGCAGGAAAGAUCCUGACGUUUGGAUGCAAUGAUGAGGGCGCACUGGGGAGAGACACGUCGGAGGAGGGCUCUGAGUGUAUCCCAGGGCUUGUCGAUUUGGAUGGCAAGGUCGUGCAAGUCACUGCAGGGGAUUCUCACAGUGCUGCCUUGCUCGAUGAUGGACGAGUCUUCGCCUGGGGGUCCUUCAGGGAUGCACAUGGAGCGAUGGGUUUGACAAUUCGUGGUAACGAACGCCUACCAGUAGAAUUAUUACCCUCAAUAAAAAUAGCAAAAAUAGCAUCGGGUGCUGAUCACUUAGUAAUGUUAACUCAGAAUGGUCGUGUAUAUACGUGUGGAUGUGGUGAACAGGGACAACUGGGUCGUGUUGCAUCGAGAACUGCUGACAGGCACAAUCGUCAUGGCGUUGAGCACCUCUUAAAACCAGAUUUAGUUGAAUUCAAAGUGUCAAAGAAACUGGAAUUUGAGGAUAUCUGGGCAGGGUCGUACUGUACCUUUGCCAAGGAGCAUAAAAGGGGGGAUGUCUAUGUAUUUGGGUUGAAUAAUUAUCAUCAGAUUGGUUUGGAGGAUACUAUUCCGUACUUCCAUCCAAAACUGUCGAAAGCCUUCCUUGGGAACAAGUGGCAGCUCAUCAGUUCUGGGAUGCAUCACACGAUUGCUCUUAAUGAGAAUGGGGAAGUUUUCGUUCUUGGACGCAAAGAGUAUGGGAGACUUGGACUUGGACCUGAUGCCACUGAUGUCGAGGUAUUGACUAAAAUCGCUAAAUUUCAAGGUGAGAAGAUUAUUGACGUGGCAGCUGGCAGCGCACAGUCUUUUGCUGUUACGGAUUCUGGCCAACUGUACGCAUGGGGAAUGGGAAGCAAUUCACAGUUAGGUACAGGCGAAGAAGAAGACGUUGACACUCCGGUUUUAAUAAAAAGCAAACAACUGGAGGGAAAAACAGUGGUCAGAGUGGCUGGCGGUGGACAGCACACUCUCAUCCUCGCAAAUACUCGCCCAGUGAAGGAUAAAACCGCUGGUUAACACUCCCAAAACACUUUAAAUGAAAUCAAGAAGUGCCACAAUGAACGUUUGUACAUAACGUUUCGUCGUUCAUAGAAACUAAUGGACUUGAAUUGGAACGAGUGUUUUUGUUCAUGAAAAUUGAUUGAAUUUUGUAGUUUUUUUUGUGAGUGGAGUUAUGUACACACGUUAAUGCUCAUUUAAUUUGUUAUGAAAUCAUUGGUUGGAUUAUUGUGACACGAUAUUGGAAGAAACAAUUUUGAGUUAAUAAAUUUUCUACUUAAUUAUCAGUAGGAAUGACGUAAUUAUGUGUAAUUAUCAGGGACUUGGCAUAAAAUAGUUUUUUGUUCUGUAUUGGUCUUUGAUUAUUUGUAACAGCAUUUGUUUUUAAUUUUCGCUGGAGUUAACUGAAUAACAAUUGAUAUAUAUUUUUCAAUGAAUAAUUGGUUUAUUAAUCAACCCAGUGUUAGAAAUCUUCAAAUUCAACGAAAUUUAGUUUAUUCAUGAAAAAUUAAAAUUAAUAAUUGCCUAAGUGGCCAUAAU